CUACUCCGCUCCAAAGAUCUGGGGUCUCGGGAGAAGGGGUCGAAUUCCUCUGCCGGAUGCUUCAAAAACGCCCCGAAAAUCGGGCAGCUGUGGCUGAACUAGCUGGUCAUCCCUGGCUAGCCGCACUAGGCUCGACCGUUGCGGCACCACAAUCCCUUGCCGAGAUCACAAACGAUGGAGGUAUGGCUAGCAACUUCCCCCAGCUCGAGACUCAUACAAUAGGGGAACCCGGGGAGGUGUAUACUUCUGAUGCCUCUGCUAUUAGCAGCUCUCGGGCACACUCAGGAGCCUUUCUCGACCCUCACGACAGCGGACCAGGAGUCCUUGAUACUCAUCGACGAGCGGAUCAUGCUCUGUUCAGCCAAGCUGGUGAGAGCUCGAAACUCGAUUCCGGUUUUGCCAGUUACGAAAGUGGCAGGAACACCAACGCCCUCAAGAAUGAUAUCGACAACGAGACUAUUUAUUCUGUUGAUUCCGUUCUACCAGCAUCAAGAAACAUGUACAUCGACGAGUUCUCCGGAUACCUCGCUGGAGACAUUCAGAACAUUCCAACUUCGAGUAAGCUGCCAAAAGAGCUCCACGAACUCCUCCCAGGCCUUCUCAAAGCCUUCGCUCGAAGGCUUCACGGAGAAUCAUCGACCAGAACUCAGAGAGAGGUUUCAGUCUUUCUACACAAGAACAGAAGAACUGUCAUGGAAGCACUCUAUACAAAUCCAUUUCCCGCACUGUCCGGCCAAGGCAACGAUACCGAUGACGAUGAUUCCCCAGAAGGCCUGAAGCUUCGACAAACGUUCAGAAUGCCUGUCUCAGAUAUUACAAACUGGGUUUCGUCCUUGGAGGGGAUUACUCCAAUGGAUCUGGAUGCGCCAGAGAUCUCUGAGAAGGACCAUCUCAACGGAAUGGACUCAUCACAGCAGUCGCUGGACCUACCCAACCUUGAAGACUAUAAACAAUUCAUUAAGUCGUCGCAGUCAUACCAGUGGCUACUUACAAAAAUUCAAGCAUACUCGCGGGUGGACAGGCUAGAUCCGAGCAUCAUGCUGUAUAUUGGGGAGUCAAUUCGCAGCCACAUUUUGCCAUUCGCACCUCUUCGCAAGGUCAGUCGCCAUAGAUCACCUCUGUCUGUUGAGAUGUCGUUUCAUCUCGACUGGGACCUCUUUCAGUUCAUCCGGGACCAAGAAUACGUGGGUGAGCCUGAACAUAUCCUCGAUCACAUUAUAUGCUUGACUGGAGUCUCGCAACAGGCCCAGGCAACAACUGUCUCGGAGUACAUGGAACAGACGUGGCCAACGGCCAAUCUUUCAAUCCGGCUACUCCUUAAGAAAUUCCUAUCGCGUCCUGAUUGCAUUGUCGAGCUACCGAACGGAUCUUUUCUGAAAGCUACACAAAGCCUGGCAUCAUGCUGUAUCGUAGCUAAAGGACAAGUGGACUUUCUGUCAGAUGUCGGCGAACAAUUGGGGUGGUUAGGAUCCGCAUUGCGCUCAUCUUCACUUUCUCAGGGCGUAGCAACUUGUAUACCGCAUCUCUCGUCCAUCCAUAUCCGACAGGGAAAUACGACAUCCAAAUCAGCAAUUUUUGCGUCAUGCCGAAUGAGUUUCUUUACGAAAGCAGUGGUUGAUGUCAACUCAAUGUCCCGAGGUUUCUGUUGGGCCAGUCUCUUUCGAAACCCCGUCUUGGUCACUGGAUACCCGAUUGCUCAUAGAGCUGAUCCCGAGACUGGCAUCGAAAUCUCUCCCAGUGCAAUGGCUGAACUUGUACAAUCAAGACAGUUUGUCAGUCUAGGAGGGAAGAUCAUUCUCAAGGGUUUUUGCUCUCUUCUUGUGGCCACAUCUGUUGCCGUCGACGUUGUAUUGUGGCAUUUCAUUUUUGAUCCCACCGGCAACCGGAUUUCGUACUAUGAUUCCCGCCUAGAGGAUCUCGAGUAUGAAACUUCGGAUGGAUUGGCACUCAGGGACCUCGAAGCCCGUCGCCAUGUUCUUGGGUGGUGCUGUGACGUCAAAGAGUAUUCAGGAAACAAGGACGCAAAACUGGACAUACGUUCAUCGAGUCUACCACUACCGCCAAAAUCAAUUGUCUUUGACAAACUAUACGUCGAAGGAGGCUCGAAUUUGAUUGGCGGGUUGUCUGUUUCAAUUGGGAAGAGAGACAAGCCGAUUUACCUGCAAAGAGCCAAAAGCUACUCAGGGUUACUAGAUUGGGUCUCUCUCCAAUCUUUCGUUUUUUAUGACGUCGACGAAAGAAGGGCGUGGCUGGUCGAUGGUGCCUCCGCCUUACUGCAUCUAGUACGCGCAUCAAUCGAACAAGACCGGACCAGGCCAGCAUAUCGUUCCAAGUGGAAAUUUGAUGGAUCACUUAAAGGAGACUCAUUACUGAGUAGCGGGGGGACAAAGGCAGUCGAGGUGCUGGGGGAUUUCGACAAUCUGAACCUCCAACUCUACAUCGACGAUGUGCGACAAAAUGAGAGUGGCCAGCUUGUGGAAAUCCAUUACUAUUUCCGGGAUAGAGUGCAAGAAAUCCUCCAUGAUCUACAGAUUCUCAUUGAAUACCAAGCUCAGGUUGCUGCGCAGGAUGGGUACUGGUUUCGUCAGUCGAGCAAGAUGCUAGUCAAGAGCCUGGUGGGAUUUGACUUCUGGGACGUUGCCAAACCCAGUGGCCCAAUCCAGCAACGAAUCCACCACUUGCAAACAGGAGGCUAUGGCUGGGUCGAUUACGUUCGAUAUGUCAAGGCGACAACCAUAUUUGGGAAGAAUUUUGGGGAUCUACUCCAAGCCGAGAACCCAACCGUCCUUUGCGCGAACUGGAGGACGGUACCUACAGGCAUGGACUACAUGGGCGCAUCCAUCUCAACGCUGAAGACAAUACAGACAGCGAGAAGUGAGGUAGAUUUGGGCCCCGGCCAGAUCACAACUGAUAUUGCAUGGUCCUCACGCUGUGAGCUGUUCUCACAGUGCGAGUGUCUCGAUCCACAGCCACUGAACACGACGCCUCUGCAUCACGAUCCCGUCCAGUUACUUCUGCCUAGAGGCCAGAGAAUACAUCUGAACGUCCCGAAGGUGUGCUUGAAGAUCACGUUGAACGAUCUGGGGGAUAAGGGUGCGGUUGUGUUCGGCCACACGCCUUACAGGAUUGGACUCAGGCAGAAAGAUGGGAAUUUGACUGGGCAGGAAGAGAGCGAGACAAGUGUUCCUCCAUUUUCUGACUCUACCGGAAGCCCGGGCAUGAGAAAUCACUCAGAUGUCACGGAUGGAGGGUUGUCUGCGAUGUCUGUCUCAUCUCUACCAACAGAGCCUAGCUCUGGCGAUGGUGAUUCCUCGGAAACGGGAAACAACCGAGAGGCUAAGAAGAGGAAACGCUCAUUUUUAAGCGUUUUUCGGUCGCGGGGGUGAUACUUUCCUAACGUUAGGAGGAACAGUAGGAGAUUUUCAAAGUAUGUAAAUGGUCCUUGAUGGAGCUGGCGCUGGAGUUUUUG